GUCCUAUACCCCGGACUGGAGACACUGCGUUUCUGCUCAAUGUUUCAUGGACGGUUUGAAUAGAUUAUCUCUAACGGAAUACUUGAGAGCCAAGAAUUUAGUCUACGGUUCGUUGCCUGUUCUGCAGUUUCAAUGAGCUAUCGGCUUUUUUAUCACAGUGAGUAGGCUGAACGCGAUACGCUGUAUAUUUGUUGCAUAGCCUACUUUUGUAAAGGUGUGAGUCUGUUAGAAUGAAUUGCCGCUUUUGGUAUUAUGUCAUGUAGUCUGGCGUGUUUUUAGAACUAUGAAUGACCCCAGUGACAAGGAUUUAAUACCGAUAUCUCGGAAACACCGACUCAUGGCUGCUGUCAUGCCCGGGGACGAGAGCCCAUUGUACAGCAACACUUCCAGGUCUGAUCGGAAUGGGAUAGGAUUGGUUCACUGUUUUAUAUGUGGAAGCGGCGUUUCGCCAGGAAAAGAAUUGAGAUUACAAGUGAAAUAUCCGAAAGAGAACGGUCCGUUUUUCCCGUUUUUACAAAACCAGGAGCCAGCGCCGGGGGCAUGUGAAGUCAGCCCGGAUGGACAUGUUAUGGUGUGCGCCGUGUGCCACUGUUUUCUGGGGGAGCAGUGGAACUCAUUCGAGCGGACUAGGACACCCAUAGAGAAGCGUAUGUACUGGCUGAAGAGGCCGUACCAGUGCGACUCUCGGCGGAUACCACAGGAGUGGAACAUCUCCUAUGACCUGGAGCGGAGAAUCAGUGUCAGCAGCCAGAAUUACGACGGGAACGAGUCGGAUUUCUCCUCUUUCUCGGAAAACGAGAACAUGUCAGACCAAGAACUGGAUUUAGUAGACCGCGCCGGUGUGAGCAAGGAGAAGUAUAGAACAUCUGGCAGCAACAGCAAAACUCCCAGAAACGGUAGCAGGAAGAACAACAACAGUGUUAAAAACAGCCCUGACUCUGAACGGGCUAUCCGCUAUCCGGUGGGUGUUUACCAGGCACAGGACUCGCCGAAAUCGGAUAGUGCCAUGCCGCCCAGGCGCGGUGCUAAAAUUAUGAAUAAUCUCUCUCAGUCAUCAGUAUCUCUGGCCCAAGAGAUUGUGUCCCAGAGAUGCUAUGACAGCUCUCACGUCGACACACCUGUGCAGGACAACGGGAUCAUUAUGCGCAACAGGCAGUGGCUAGCGGAGGGGAAUGUCAGACACGCUGACCCGCGCCCUCUCCAACGCGCUGCUGACAGCAGCUGUAGCUUAACCAGGCAUCCCUCCCUCAUAUUCCACCAGAAAGGAGAGGAUCUCGCUGACGCUGCCGACGGACUAUCACCCAUUGGCGCCGCUGUCACCUCUAGGCGCGACACAGCAGCACCUAGAGAACUUGUUCCGGGCAAGUUUAUAGCCUCUGACAACUCUGACAACGACCACGAGAUCAAUAUAACCAGUGACGAGAACCGCCAGGUGUUUGAAGCAGCUGGCAGCAGCAGAGAGAGGGUAUUGGCCCUGCUGAGACCACCCAGGGAUGCUGCCGGGAGGGUCAUUGCCAUGCCCCAGAGUGGUGCCAGUGGUGGUGCCAACAGGAGUACCAGUCCCGAGGAGUGUGUGUGUUACAUCUGUGGCAGCGGGAUGUGGCAGGGCGGGAGGUUCCGUGUGUCUGUGCAGAAGCAGGAGAGGGCAGCCAGCGAGCCCUUCUUCCCCUUCCUGUGGUUACACAGCCCUCCCCCUGGCGCCAUGCCCCUCACCCCGGGGGGCACCACCCUGGUCUGUGCCAGCUGCCACACCUCCCUCAUGCAGCAGUGGCAGGGCUUCCAGCUGGCCGACGUGCCCGUUCUCCAGCGCCUCUACGUGGUCCCCCUCAACGAGGGCUCCUCCACCCCUGCACCAGCCUCGGGCCACACUCCCUGCAUCACUCCCCAGGAAAGGCAGCCCUCAGAGCCCCCGGACCGCCUACCUAAGUCUCAGGCUUCCUGCGAGGCCUGUUUCCUCUGUGGCCAGGAGUGCGGGCGGGAUGUGAGGGUGGCAUAUGCACGGGUCGGCAUGGGAAAAGCCCGCGGUGCCAUGUAUUUCCCCUUCAUCAACCUGCUGCCGUGCCCGCCUGGUGCCCUGGGAGUGAGGAACGGCCGGGUGCACUGCUGUCCUCCAUGCUACGCCAUCCUGGAGGAGAUCUGGGGGGCGUACCGCCUCAGCCUCAGUGAGGACCUCAUCACCUCUGUCACCUCCUUCCUGGGGAGGUACCACACAGCGCUGGCCACAGGUGGAGCUGGACUGGCCCAUUCCCAAAAGGGGGUGUCCUCCUCUUCCUCUGGCCAUGGUGGGUCUGUAUCAGUGUGUUACCUGUGUGGGACACAGCUAGGGGUCGGGGGGGAGUUCCAACUCCAUGUCAAUCCUCCCGGGCGCUGUGGAGAGAGAGAGCCCUUCUUUCCCUUCCUCACCAUCCACCCUCCCGCUCCCCGCGCCAAACCUGCCGACGCCACCGGCCUGGUGUCAGCAUGUGCCCUCUGCUAUCACGACCUGCAUGCCCAGUGGGCUCAACAUGAGAGCCAGGGUUCUGCCACCUCCAGCUCUACAGCCCCAGGCCCAGCCUCCUCCACCCCCCAGCCGGCCAGCUCUCCCUGGGCCAGACAGUACAGCUGCGAGGCCUUUGUGUGCUUCUUCUGCAGACAGGAGCAGAGGCGUCAGGGGGGGCUGUGUGCGGUCACAGUGGCCAGGCUGCCUGUUUUCCUGUACGCCCCGCGCGGGCACCGCACCCUCCUGGUGGAUGAUGGGAGGAAGCUGGUGAUUGGCUCGUGUGUGGAAUGUAAGUCCAUGGUGCUGGCGGGACAGAGCAUGCAGCAGGAAAGAGACAGGGACAGGGAGGGACAGGGAGACAGGAGGACAGAGUCACCUCCCACUACAUCACGCCCCAGACAUAAGACAUCCAAUGUGAUUGAGGGCGUGGCCAGAGUCAGCAAGGAGGCGGAUUCUGCCAUACGUGCAUCAGCAGUGAGCGAAUCACAAUCAACGGAACCUGGGGUUGGCCACACCCCUUCUCUACCCCCCACCCUGGAGCCAGAGAGAGGAGAUCGCCCACCUUCCAGCAUGAGCCAUGAGCCAAAGUCACCUUCCUUAGGAAUGAUAUCCACGGCAACUCGCACCACGGCGACGGUCAGCCCCCUCACCCCGUCGCCCCUUAACGGAUCUAUCGUAGCCAAUGGGAGCCCGGCGGCCCAGUCUGCACACUCCGGAUUCGCCGCCGCCCUCCGUAAACUGGCCAAACAGGCCGAGGAUCCUCGAGCUGGCUCGUCCAUCAGUAGUGAGUCGUCUCCGGUCUCGUCCCCAGCCACCAACCACAGUUCUCCGGUUAGCACACCCAAGAGAGGCCCCCUGGGCCCAGGGCCUGUCCUGGCGCCACCUGGGGGCCACAGUGUGCCAAGCACCCCGCCCGUCGUCACCAUCGCCCCCACCAAGACCAGCAACGGCCUCUGGAGGAGCGAGGCACGCCAGGCUGACUCGGGCCCUCGUGGGGUCAGUAGGGAGCGCCUGGGAGCAGAGGCGCCCCACCAGCAGGAGAAAGGUGGCCCCUCAGUCCCUGCUCACCUCAUAGGAAACCCCUAUGCCUUUGGCCUGAGCCCCGGUGCUGUCAUGCAGGACGCACGCUUCCAGCCCCUCAAUCUGCCCAGGCAGCUGCCCCAUGGAGUGCCCCCUGGUGGUGUACCAGAGGAGUACCUACGGGGGUUCCGCCCCUACGCCACGGCUGAGGACCUCCGCAUGCCUUCUGGACUGCCCCUGGGCCUGGACCCCGCCACCGCCGCCGCAGCCGCCGCCUACUACCAUCCCUCCUACCUGCCACAUCCCUCCUUCGCCCCCUACAGGAUGGAUGAUCCAUUCUGUCUAUCAGCUCUGAGGUCACCGUUCUACCAUCUCCAAGGAGGGGGAGGCCUGCCCCCCCUGCACCCCUCUGCUGUCCACAUGCACCUGCAGGGGGUCCGCUACCCUGGGGACCUCACACACGCCUCACUGUCCGCUCUGCAGUCUGAGAGACUGUCUGAAAGGCUCCAGAUGGAAGAUGAGCUCCGGCAGCGAGAGAGGGAGCGCGAGCGUGAACGAGAGCGCGAGAAAGAGAGGGAGCGUGAGGCAGAGCGGGAGAAGGAGCGGGAGAGAGAAAGAGAGAGGGAGCGAGAAAGAGAGAAGGAGCUGGAGCGGGAGAGAGAGCGUGAGCGGGAGAGGGAGCGGGAGAGAGAGAAGGAACGAGAGAGAGAGAGGGAGAUGGAGAGGCAGAAGGAGAGGCAGAAGGAGAGAGUGAUGAGAGAGAAGGAGCUACAGUCCAAGGCGAUGGAGAGUCACUACCUGGCUGAGCUCCAUGCCAUGAGAGGACAGGAGGACAGAACCAAGCCUGAGAGACUCACCCCCAACCGGCCAGACAAAACCAAAGAGCCCGCCCUCCAAGCUCCAAAGCCAAUGCCACCAGGCCUCCACUCCUCCCUGAGCCAAUCACAUCACGGCGUUCCCGGCCUGGUCUCCGCCCAUGGCCUCUACCUGGGGCCCGGCGGUGUGGGGGUGGGGCUCACCGCCGCCAUGAUGCUCCAGCGGACCAAUGAGGAAGAGCGCUGGUUGGCGCGGCAACGGAUGCUUCGCCAGGAGAAGGAGGAUCGUCAGUACCAGGUGUCAGAGUUCAGACAGCAGGUCCUAGAGCAACACCUGGACUUGGGACGACCUGGGGAGGGAGGAGAGCUACGCUCAGACACACACAGAUCCAUACCAAAUCAUCAUGAACCGGGUGGCCGUGACCUCCACCCCCACCUGGGCGCCCCUCCCCCCCUCAUCUCUCCCAAACCCCUCCAGUCGCGCGACCACCCCCACCCCCCUCCCCCCACCACCCUGUGGAACCCCGCCUCCCUCAUCGAUACCGCCUCGGACUCACGACGCACCACCCACCACGACCCUCCGGGCUUGGGCCACUACGACCUCAGCCGCUUGCCUCCCAAACUGGAGGAUGGGCUCCGGAGGGGCAGGGACCGGGACGGGGGCCUGGAGAAGUACCACCCCCCACUCCGAGGCCCCCCGGGGCUGCCUGAGCCCAGCACCUUCCUGGCAGAGCUGGAGAAAUCCACCCAGACCUUCUUCAGCCAGCAGAGGGCCUCGCUGUCCCUGCCCAGCCAGUACGGAGAGCUGGGGGGAGGGAUGAAGAGCAGCGGGGCCCUGAAGAGCCUCCAGGGGCCCUCAGGGAUGGGGAGACAAAGCCAGGCCCAGGGACACAGUUUGGGCCAGGGAAUGGGACCUGAGUCUGGCCUAAUGUAUGAUGAGUUUCUCCAGCAGCACCGUAGGCCUGUCAGUAAACUGGACCUGGAGGAGAGGAGGAGGAGAGAGGCCAGGGAAAAAGGUUACUACUAUGAGCUGGAUGACUCGUAUGAUGAGAGUGAUGAGGAGGAGGUCAGGGCCCACCUCAGGAGGGUAGCAGGGCAGCCCCCUCUCAAACUGGACGACUCCACAGAGAAAGUGGACUUCCUGUGUGUGUUUGGUCUGACCACGGUGUCACGACGUGACCACCUGGUACAGCAGAAGAGGAGGAAGCGGAGGAGGAUGCUGAGGGAGCGCAGCCCCUCGCCCCCGGCUGUUCUGUCCAAACGCACCCCUCCUCCCCCGGCCCCCCUCAGCACCCACUUCACCCCAGAGGAGAUGGACAGAGCCCCCGAACUGGAAGACAAGAAACGCUUCCUCACCAUGUUCAGCCUGUCCCACGUCUCUGUACAGCAGAGGAGAGAUAAUGAGACAGUGGUAGAGUUGCUUCAGGCCAUUAAACAGAAGAGCGUAACCUUGGAUACCAUCAGACAUGCCCCUCACCCCCUAUGUAAGACCCCCCCAGCACAGAACUCAGAUCCUGCCUCAGCGCUUUCCAGCGAAUCAGAUGAGCCACUCAGUGUCAGUCCCUCCUCCCCCAGCGGACUCCUGGGGCAGCCUAAACCCUCCUCCUCUGACGCACUGAGACCAAAGGACCCCCCUCCUCCACUCCCCUACCUGGAAAAGACCCGUGGGCUCCCUGAAGGCCCCCCCUCCAAGAGGAGCUCGUCGUCCAGCCUGCUGAAUAGCCUGCGCCCCCCCGUGCAGCCUAAAGAUGCUCCCCCCAGCCUGAACGGCCGGACCAAGCCCUGGGAGAGCUUUACUGCUGAAGAGUUUUCCCAGCAGUUCCACGAGUCUGUCCUCCAGUCCACACAGAAGGCCCUGCAGAAGCACAAAGGUGGAGCCACAGUGAUCUCAGCGCCCUCUCACCUCCAGGACUCCUCAGUGCACUACAACAUUCCAGAGCUGCAGAGCGCCCCCAGUCGGCCGCCCCCGCCACACACACACCCUCACACACACUCCAUCCAACACCCGCACCCACACUCCAUCCAACACCCGCACUCACACGCGCACCCGCUCCCCCAGCCCAAUGGGCAGCACUGCCCCCCGCACCCCCACCGAGAGCCCCCAGGAGCGAGGGAGGAGCAGUCUGCACCAGAGGACUCAGAAGAAGAGGAGGAAGAGGAGGAAGAGGAGGCCCCAGUACCCAAGUGGCAGGGGAUUGAAGCGAUCUUUGAAGCCUAUCAGGAAUACAUUGAAGAGCAAGGUGUGGAGCGCCAAGUGCUGCAGAGCCAGUGUCGGAGACUGGAGAACCAGCACUACAACCUGAGCCUGACAGCAGAGCAGCUCUCCCACAGCAUGGGGGAGUUGAUGUCUCAGAGACAGAAGCUGGCGGUGGAGAGGGAGAAGUUACAGGCCGAGUUGGAGCACUUCAGGAAGUGUCUGACGCUGCCGCAGCCCCACUGGGCCAGGGGAGGCCACUACAAGGGUUACCCCCCCAGGUGACAGCCCCACUGGGCCAGGGGAGGGCACUACAAGGGUUACCCCCCCAGGUGACAGCCCCACUGGGCCAGGGGAGGUCACUAUAAGGGUUACCCCCCCAGGUGACAGCUCCACUGGGCCAGGGGAGGCCACUACAAGGGUUACCCCCCCAGGUGACAGCUCCACAGGAGAGAGGGAUGAAUUCAUGGAUUCAUUGAUAGAUGGAUGGGGCUGCUGCCAGCCUGCCAGGGACGGUGCCACCAGCCAGUGGUCUGUGAUAACCCUGGUGUCAGAGGGUGCAAUGGGCACGUCACACACGGGGCAAAGCUCUAGGACGGCAUGGUCAACACACACACAAACAUACAGAGAAACACACUCACACCACUCUCUUCAGCAGGCACCAGUUACUCUCUUACAUUGCAGUCCCAGCCCCAUCCUGGGCUCCCUUCACAGCCACGCCCACACAGACAAUCCUGCAAUCGGAGAGCAGCUCAGCCCUGGAAUGGGUGUGGUCACGUGACAGAGCGCCAUCUACCACCAAUCCAAUGCCCCUACCUCUGGCCAACCGGACAGGACUGAACCUCCCAGCAUCUCUCCUGGUGGCAGGUCAGGCCAGCUUUCAAACUUGAAAUGCACUUAAAGAGAAAGACCUGAAGAACUACCUGGUGGUACUGUGUUACGACAAAGAACUGUUCAAAUUAGGGAAGAACUUACAAAAUGCACAUUUUGGAAUGAAUAAAGGAAAUGUUUUAUUUCGAGAUGAGAAUAAGAAUUUAAAAGGUGCUUCAGCCUUGUAUUGUAAAUAAUAUUAAGACUAAAAAUAAUUUUGUAUGUUUUUAUUACUUUAAUCAUUGUUCUUUUAAGAAGAAGAAAAUAAGCCUGCCAUUUUUUUAUAUGUUCAUGCUUUUUUGGUUGAAACAGAAAGCUUUGCUUUUAGUGUUUGUUCUGCUGCUGGUUAGGACUGCCCUGUUCAGAGGUGUAGUUUGAAGGAGAAAAGGAGAGAGAGAACAUGAUUUCCUCUUCUCCUCUCCCCCUUUGACCAAGCCAUGUGUGCUGCCAUAGCAGCAGCCUGAGCUCCAGCCACAGCCCUCCCUCCCCUGGCCUCCAGGCCCCGUAAGGCUCACUGAGAUGGGGGUAAGACCUAACUCCAGGCCCCACAGGCCUCCCAGAUCCAUGCACUCCGUCAGAACACCAGGCCCACACAGAACCCCUCCUGUCAGAAACAGCGUGUUUUACCACUCUCCCUGUGUGAGUAGUUACCCAUGGGAAAGAGUGAGUGACAACUACGGUUACAAUGUCAUUCUUUAUUUCUCUCUCUCCUUUUCCCCCCUUCAGCUCUAGUCCAGGGAUGGGCGCUUAGUAGAACUGUUAACUGAUAACUAGACCCAUCUCUCUGGACCUUAUCAUUAAGCACAAGGGGCACAACACCCAUUAUGAUGAGACAUUCAUAUCACUAAACCCACAGAGAGGAGGGAACAAUGCAGACAAUACCACGUCAAGAUUAUUCUCCUUUGUGUUUGCCAUAAAAGGAAAUAGUGCCAAAAAGUAGCCCUCCCUCACACAAAAUAUCAUGAGACUUUUAAACCUCCAAAUAGAGUAAUUAAAAUAACUCCCUGAAUUGAAAUGGCCAACCCACUUCUAAACAUAUUAUAUUACUACAUUUAUCCCACUUAUCAUAAUGUCAAAGCCCUUGCCAACAAUUGGUUAAUGGACAAUUGUUUUUCACUUGAGGGCCCUCAAAUCCAAAGUCUAUUAAAGGUUUUGCCAAGUAUAUGAAUCAUUGCCCUGCACUGCACUGUGCAUCUAUAGUGUGUGUUUUCAUGCCUACAUCAGUGUCCACCUCGCUGCUGGCCAUAGCUGUCUCCUGUGCCUCCGUACCCCUGUUCCCCAGUCUCUCUAUUCCCCUACCUUCCUUCUGUGGGAGUGUCUGGCCUUUUAGCCUUGCAGGAGGACCUUCGGCAGCAUAGAUCGCAAUGCAGCGUGGGUAUUGUAGUGCUGUCAGUCAGAGUUGACAAGGCUUUGAGUAUGUAGUCCUAAAGGGGUUCUGUUUGAACCCCAGUCUGAUGCUGUGGAUGUGAGAUAACAGGGAGGGGAGGGUGGCUGCAGGUCUGGUCCCUACAUCCCUCUUUGUUCCAUUCCUGGUGAGCUCUCAGAGGAACACCCAGUUAGGGAGGCGGAACCAUGUUUACAGACCAGAGCAGAGCUACGAUAGGAGCACCACUUGUCAAUCAGACAGCAAGCGCUACCACUGAGUUAAGCAGCCAAUGAGUUAGCGGGGGACGUUAGGCCCUUCCCCAGAGCCUCCUUACUCUACUACGCACGCACACGCAAUAGCCCCCUGACUCUAUGGAGGAUGUCUAGACUCUAGAUGCUGUGAAACUCUGAUUUUAAAAUGUACUUGUUUGAAUUAAUUGUAAUGUAAUAUAUUAUUUGUUGAAUGUAGUAAUUAGGUAUUUAUGAAUAUAUUGCUGUAAUUUCAGACAAAAAAAUAAAAGAAAAUAUUUCAAAAAUGUACUUGAAUAGUCAA